UCCACGUCACAAGGGGAAGACACGCCACCCUGCGCUGCGCUCGCCAUGGGCGGCGCCAUCGAGCGACAGGGCGCGCUCCGGGCGGCGCCAUGGAGAGAGCCGGAGGCGGCGGAGCUCAUCCCGGGGUUGCCCGACGACGUGGCCAUGGAGUGCCUGGCGCGCGUGCCGAUCCGGUCGCACCGGGCGAUGCGCCACGUGUGCCGCGGGUGGCGCCGCGCGGCCGCGUCGGAGGCGUUCCGCCGGUGCCGGAGGAUGGCCGGGGCGGCCGAGGAUGUUGUGUUCCUCGUCCAGGCCACGCCCGCGCGCGGCGAGGGGAAGGGCUCGAUGAUGGCGGAGUGCGUGCUGGUGGCGGUGAACCUUACCACGGGGGAGUGGAGGCGAGUGGAGGGCGCGGGGGAGGAGGAGGAGGCGUGGUGCGGCGACGUGCCGUUCUUCGCGCGGUGCGCGGCGGCUGGUGACGGCCGGCACGUCGCCGUCGUCGGGGGAUGGGAGCCGGUCAAUGGCUGCCUGACCCGCGACGUGCGCGUGCUGGACGUCCACGCUGGCGUCUGGCGACGCGGCGAGGCGAUGCCGGACUCCCGGGACUUCUUCGGCUGCGCCGGGAGCGACGGCGCCGUCUAUGUUGCCGGCGGCCACGACGAGUCCAAGAACGCGCUCCGCUCCGCCUACGCGUACGACGUCGCCGCCGACGCCUGGCGCGCGCUCCCGGACAUGUCCGAGGAGCGGGACGAGCCGCAGCUCGUGGCCACACCGGGCCGCGUGCUCGCCGCCAGCGGCUACCCGAGUGACGCACAGGGCGCGUUCAAGAAGACCACCGAGCUCUACACCACCACCGGCGACGCCUCCGCCUGGGCCGACGGGGGAGACAUGAUGGUGCCGAACACCGCCGAGACGUGCCUGGCCGCGGUCGGCGGGAAGGUGUGGGCCGUCGGCUCCGGGAAGGGCGGCGUCCGGGACUGGGACGGCGCUUGGAGGGACGUGGCCGACGGGCCACACGGCAUGAAGGCGUGCGUGAAGGCGGUCGGCGUGGGCGACGGCGACGGCGACAGCGCCGCCGCCGUGUUUGUGUUCGGCAAGGCGGACGACGGCAAGCACGCGGCGUGGGUGAUGGACGCCGGUGGCGCGCGGUGGCGCCGCGUGCCCGUGCCGCCGGGGUUCGGCGGGUUCGUUUACUCGGCCGCGUCCGUGCGGGUUUAGUUUAGCCGUGUGGAGUACGCGCGCGCUUGGAGGAGAAAACACUCGUGAAUUGCAUUGUAGACCGUACCAAACAGCAGAGUGUCUUCAAGGGAUCCGGAUCAGUGGAAGUUGCUAUAGCAACUGCAACUUUAACAGUUGUAUUUAUUACCAAUAGAUGUAAACCGGAUGGUCUAAGUCAGUAUGACGCACUGCAGCAAAAAGUACUGUAGCAAAAAUAACACGUUAUAGAAUACUG